AUGCCACCUGGAGAGAAACUGGACCCGCUUCCUGACACUUUCAUCCUGCAGCCUCCAGUCUUCCACCCGGUAAUUCCUUAUGUCACAACAAUUUUUGGUGGCCUGCGAGCAGGCAAGAUGGUCAUGCUCCAGGGAGCAGUCCCUCUAAAUGCACGCAGGUUCCAGGUGGACUUCCAGUGCGGCUGCAGCCUGCAUCCCCGGCCAGAUAUCGCCAUCCACUUCAACCCUCGCUUCCACACCACCAAACCUCACGUCAUCUGCAACACCCUGUACCAUGGGCGCUGGCAAGUUGAGGCCCGGUGGCCCCACGUGGCCCUGCAGAGAGGGGCCAGCUUCCUCAUCCUCUUUCUCUUUGGAAAUGAGGAGAUGAAGGUGAGUGUAAAUGGACAGCACUUCCUCCACUACCGCUACCGGCUCCCGCUGUCUCGGGUAGACACCCUGGGCAUAUUUGGCGACGUCUCGGUGAUGGCUGUUGGAUUCCUGAACAUCAACCCAUUUGCGGAGGGUGGCAGCGAGUAUCCGGUUGGACACCCCUUCCUGCUGAGGAGCCCGGAGCUGGAGGUGCCCUGCUCGCAUGCCCUUCCCCAGGGUCUCUGGCCUGGACAGGUCAUCAUAGUGCGGGGACUGGUCUUACCGGAGCCAAAGGAUUUCACGCUCAGUCUGCGAGACGAGGCCGCCCAUGUUCCAGUGAUGCUCAGGGCGUCCUUUGCAGACAGAACUCUGGCCUGGGUCUCCCGCUGGGGCCGGAAGAAGCUGAUCUUGGCCCCCUUCCUCUUCUACCCCCAGCGAUUCUUCGAGGUGCUGCUCCUGUGCCAGGAGGGAGGCCUGAAGCUGGCGCUCAACGGGCAGGGCGUGGGGGCCACCAGCCUGGGCCAGCAGGUCCUGGAGCAGCUACGGGAACUGCAAAUCAGUGGCAGCGUCCAGCUCUACUGUGUCCACUACUGA